AUGCAUAUGGUUACCCCAACUCGACGAGGCCAAAAUCCUUCUGGAAAAGUUCGUUCGGGUUGCUCAUUACUUUCCACAUGUAACUCAUGUUCCCCAUCUUCCCUCUAUCUUUGAACGAGUCUAUGCGAAAUUGAGCCUACAGCAAGAGGUACAACCAGGACAUCUUAUUCUAGUCCUAAGUAUUAUCGCGGCAGCAACUCAAUCCUGGGCCCCAAGCGAUGACGUCAAUCGUGUAUUUUCUUCUCCGUCAGAAGCUAACGAACAAGUCUCGCUUUGGAUCAACGCGGCUGAAGAUGUUCUCGAAGCCACCUCUCGGAGACGGAAAAUCUCGAUUGAAGGCGUCCAAGGAAUGAUACUUGUAGGUUUUAUGGCUGCCCAUAUCGACGGGUUACAUAGAUACCGGGUUCUGUUCGCCAACGCAUUGGUACUCGCUCGAGACUUGGGGCUUCAUCGCAUUGACCAUCCGCACAACUCUGGAAAAGCGAACACAUCCCAGGCAGAGAUUGAACGUAGGGUAUGGUGGUAUUUGUGCGCAUCUGAUUGGUAAUUCUCAUGUAUCUAAACAUCCUAAGCGAGACUGCUAACAUAUCUUGCAGGGCUAUGGCAGCACGUGUAGGUGGAGUCGGCGAGGGUAUUUAUUCAUGCCAUCCUCGCCAGAUGAUCACGAAAAAGCCACUCAACAUCAAUGACGAAGAGGCCUUGGAUGGUAUGAGUCGUCAUGAACGACCCCUCUCGCUUCCAACCUCUAUGUCAUAUACAUUGCAGAGGAUACGCUUAGCUGAAUUAUCUCGCAACAUUGUCGAUCGAAGUCCACUCAUGAUGGCACAUACAGGAGGCCUUAGUCAUGAUGCAGUUAUGGACAUCGAUACUGAACUCCAAACUCUUAUCAACGAGGUUCCAGGGUUCUAUUCAAUGACAACGCCUAUGUUGAUGGAGAACUACGGUUUGACUCAGACUCGAGCUGCGGAUAUCGUAUUUCAAGGCAAAGUUGUUUACUUCUUGCUCUACUCACAACGAUGCAAGAUUCACCUGCCAUAUUUUAUACGCAGCUCCGAAGAUUCAGCAUAUUACUCUUCUCGAGAAAUCUGUCUCAAGCAUGCGCGACUUCUCAUCAGAUCAAAUAUAUGGUCGGAGAAUGCCGACAUCGACAAUGUGAUACAGAAUAAACUGACCGAGCUCCUGGUUGGAGUCUUUUUGGCUUGUGCUGUUCUUCUCAUGGACGCGUGUGUCAGCCCACUAUCUCCGCAACAAUAUGAGCAGCGAGAGGAGAUCUUCAGGUCUUUCAAAAUCAUGGAAAUUGCGAAAAAGGGCUCAGAAACCACUUCCAAGUUUAUUGAUUCGCUGAUACAUAUUCUUCGAAAAAACCAGACGUCAGCUUCCGAUUCUGCCCCAAGCGAACAUCAAGAACCUCCUGCGUACAGUGAUGGCAAGGGUGAACGAGACCACCAAACAUUUCCCUAUGAAGAGACAUCCAUUGACAAUAGUAUAUCUCCUGGAUACGGUAUCUAUGAUAGUCUCGGUUUCCCGGAAACUACUGAGGAUCCUUUCAAUGUCAACAACGGCCCAAACAUUGUCGCAAGGUCCGGAGAACAUUUUAACUCAACCAGAGAAGACAUUUCGUCAUACUGGACUGAUUUCACUCACAAUUUUGAAGAAGGCGUUGCUAUUGACCCUAAUUCUUUUGAUUGGGACAGUAUUUUCAUGGAGUUGGAUUCUUCGUUUAUUUGA